AUGAACAAAAAACACUCACAUUUAUAGGGAUGGGAAGAAUACUCCACAUCCAACACCCCCACUAAUUAGCUCAAGUUCUUGAGCGAAUCCCUCUACUGCGUAAACACAGCACCCACGCAGAAUAACUCUAAAUUACACCAAUCACUUCCUCCCAAAAAGCGUCGUAUUUUUCAAUGCUACGUUAAGAACUCAGUGGUCAUAGACAAUGGCUAUGUAUUGUCUUAGAAACAGCAUUACUUGCAAGGAAACUUCAUCAAGAAGGCGUAAUUCUCUCCCAAGAAACAGCUAAAGCAUAACUAUAUUGGACCCAUACUGCAACAAAUAAAAAUAUAUGAGAAAAAUAAAUUAAUUGGAAAGAACGAUUCCAUUAUCAAAUAGUUUACAAGAUGAGCCCAGAGAAUAUAC